AUGGAGGAGACACAUUAUGAUAAAUUGUGGUCACAUGGUAUUCCAUCAGACAUACUCGAAUUAAUAUCAUCGCGUCUUGUUGCUGCUGAAUAUUUUGUUUUUCAUGCCGUUUGUAAACGUUGGUGCUACGCUCCCUUAACACCCCCUUCUCUUCCACCUCGUUUGAUGACAUGUUCACCAACACCUCGUUUGAUGACCUUGUGGGGAGAGACAGGCAUUGUAGAAUUCUUUGAUCCAGUGUACAAUGUUGUAACUACCCAAAAGACGGAUAUUCCAAAAUUAAGGGGUGCCCGAAUUCGGAGCUCAAAAGCUAAUUGGUUGCUCAUUAGUAGUGGCAGCCGCGGCAUGUUCUUUUUCAAUCCUAUUAGUAAUGACAUAAUUGAACUCCCUGAUCUACUAGAGGAGCACGAAAAUUCUUGCUCUGCUUGGACAUUUUCAUGUCCUCCUGACUCCUCAUCAUCAGAUUGUUUUGUUGUUGGUUUUGAAACCGGUAUUUAUGUCCCAGAUGUAUAUAUCAUCAAAGUUGGAGAUACUGAAUGGACGCAUCACUACUUCUUCAACACAGGAAAUUUUGCUACAUCGGACUGCAAUAAUCCGUUAUUUUUCAAAAACAAUACUAUCUAUUUACUGGGAGAUAAAGGUAAUUUGGGAACACUAUGCAUCAAGGGAAAUUCAGCAACACAGAGACCUAAUUGGAAAUUUUAUGGGAGACAUUUUCCGAGUUCAAAACAAACAUCAAUUCGAAAGGCAUACACAGCCGAAGACGUAGAUAAUGGAGGAAUGUUAGUUGUGUUUUUAAGUCGUGAAGAAGGGGAUGUAGAGGUUUGGAGAUACAAACUGAAAGGAAAAGUGUUGGAGAGGGAACAACUAACAAGUUUGGACAAUAAUAAAACAUUGUUUGUGAGCUCUGGAGGAUCGUAUUUGAAAACAUGUGUUGCACAAGGUCUAGGAAACAAGAUAUACUUCCCAAUGUUUCACGACAACAACAAGAGUGUUUUCUAUUGUUUGGCCAAUCGCAAAUAUUACUCUUUUGAUUACUCUGCCAUCAAAGCUUACUCAAGUUCAAAUAUUUUUAACUUAGUUCAACCAAGGUCCUGCAUUUGGAUCGAAAAAGAGAAUGAUUAA